AUGACAAGAGAAAAUAUCAGUUUGGACAUAUUGAAUAUCGGAAUGUUUGAAAUUAAAAUAAAAUAUUAUUUAAUUUAUACAAUUAUAGCCACAUGUUACAGAUACUCAACAAAAUCAAUAUUUAAGUUACUUAUAUCCAUGAACCAAAAUUUUAAAUUCAUUGAUCGCUUGUCGAGUGCAGACAUGGUGUUGAGAAAACUAAUUUGUUUUUUAAUUUUAUUUGUCAGUGUUGGAUGUAAUUCGGUUCCGGACUAUGCAAGAGCCUUUGACCCGGAAUUGUACGAAAGAGUCCUGGAUAGCAAAGAAUGUCAAAGACAACUGGAUUUUCUGAGCAAUCGUUCUCUUGGUCUUUCUUUUAUAGAUGCAAGUGCCAAAAUACCUUCCGGUAUCUUGACUGGGAACGUGAAUGACUUCGGGGAUUAUGACGAAUGUUUGGGAAUACACGAUUACGUAGAAGGCAUGGAAUUACAAGGAAAGUAUUGCACGGUCCUCGUGCCUUGGGACCAGAUGCCUACAAACCUACCAGAAACAUUAGAAGAUAACUGGUUACAGCUAUUCCUGACCUAUCAAUUCCGGGGUAUUUCUGGAAUGCUGGAGCAAAAUAAGGGAUAUGCUCAUGAAGUGUCCAGUAUAAGAGGACGCAUUGACCCAAACGAGCAUACAGUAUUUGUGCUGAGUUCAAAUGAAACUCUUCUAGGCCUUUGCAUACCGAAAGUGUGUACGACAUCGGAAGCGCUCAACCAUGUUUUGAACUACAUCAGCUUUGUCAAUUUAACCUACAGGGAUUAUUACUGUCGGUUGCCGAAUGACAAGCCUUUUAGACCCGCUGAUUAUGUAUCUAUGGCUAUAUUUUCAAUUAUAGCGAUUUUAACGGUGGCAAGUUCUUCAUAUGAGAUUUACAAUGUCCACGUACUAAAAAAAGAUUCAUCACAGUUGCACCCUAUUUAUCGAAAUUUCUCAGUCUUUCACAAUACCCGCCGUUUCCUGACCUUCAACCGUAAUUCUGGACAAUUGGACUGUUUGGACGGUAUAAGAGUGAUGGCCAUGUCAUGGAUUACUUUAGGCCACACUUUUUCCAUGAUCAUCUUUGCUUUUACUCAUAAUAGUAUAUACAAAGUAAUUAAGUUCAGGCAGCUAGAAACAAAUGUUAUCUUCGGUGCGAUCCUGUCCGUUGAUACAUUCUUAUCAAUUAGCGGACUUCUACUUGUUUAUACGGUUGUUGGUAAAAUACCUAGAGAUCGUUUUCUUAAAGGGAUCCCAUUGUUUUAUUUAUACCGAUUAUUAAGAAUAUGGCCGCUUCUAGCAGCUACACUGCUACUUGAAGUUUCCUUAAUGCACCACAUCGCAGAUGGUCCAUUCUGGCAGGUGGUCGCUGGAGACGUUGAGAAUUGUAGAAGUAAUUGGUGGCGUAUACUCCUCCAUGUACAGAAUUACUACAGAAGUAAUUGCAUGAUUCACACUUGGUAUUUAGCGGUGGAUUUUCAGCUCUAUAUUUUGUCUCCUAUUGUGAUUGUCUGGUUGUUCGGGAGGAAAGCGAUAGCCUGGCUCAUUCUGAUCCUCUCAGUGUUGUUGUCAUGGGCUGUGACUAUAACUUACAGUUAUACGUUCAAGAUGUCCACAAUAUUACAUAAUUUUGAGCGUUCUGCUGAUAUCGUUACUUAUCUGGAUAAGUUUUACGAUAAUACAUUACCCAGGGCCGUACCAUUCGUCGUUGGCAUGAUGUUUGGGUAUAUCCUACACUUGCACAGAGAUAAAAAGUUGACCAUAUCUAGGCUAUAUGUGUCCUUGUUCUGGAUAUAUUCGUGCAUCGUCAUGUUUUUUGCGGUUUAUUCUUUAUACCCUAUGGCCCAAUCUGGCUACGAUAACCAAGCGUUUGAUAGUUUUUAUAAUGCUUUUGCUAGAAUAUUAUGGGCAUUUAUGAUCGGCUGGCUUGUCUUGGCAUGCGAUCAUGGUUAUGCUGGUCCAAUUAAUUGGUUCCUGUCAUUGAAAAUUUGGAAAAUCCCUGCUAGAUUAUCAUUUGCCGUUUAUCUGAUACAUUUACCUUUGCUUAUGAUCUUCCAUGGUUCUUGGAAAGAAACGCAUUAUUUUGGAGGUACAGAAACGUUUUUUAGAUACCUCAAUAAUUUGUGCGUGACCAUUCUAGUUGCCUUUGCUAUGUGCAUCGUGAUUGAUGCUCCAUGCUCCACGCUACAGAAAAUGCUUCUCGGCAUCAAGAGUAAUACUCAGAAUAGCUCAAAUGAAGAACCGCAAGAGACGGUGGAAGACGGAAAAUCCUUCAAAACAACUUUGUAGAAUUGAUUUAGUUUAU